CAAUUUUCAGAUCUGUGUUUUUGCACUUGAAUGAUUUUUUGUUUGUUUGAUGCUUCAUAGUGUAGGGCAGAUCUUGGCCAAAUACAGAUCAGGAAAGCUUCCCAAGGCUUUCAAGGUGAUUCCAUCUCUUGCAAACUGGGAAGAUGUAAGUUGCGUACUUAGUUGGCUUCUUGCUAGUCCCCCUAUAAAUGCUCUGUUGCCAGAGUGUCUUUUAUGUACAGUAAAACCUAUAACAGGAAACUUUCCAGUUAGCUGCCAUCCUCCCUUUAGCAGCCACUUUCCAGGAUCCUGAGAGACAAAAUUGUCAGUGAAUCGCUGUAAACACAGGGUUUUCAAUAAGAGCUGGUGGUCUGCGAAAUUCAGCAGCUAUUUCACGUGAACUCGCCACCUACUUUUCUUUGGAAACUACCCCAGUUUUUUUACAAACAACAUGAUUUAAAACAGUUACUCAAACAAUCAAUGGUUCAUAGCUAUUGGCAAGAAGAAAUAUAUUUAAAAGAUAGAGUAUUCAUGUGCUGUUACUAAAUAAAAAAGCCAAAUUCAAUGAUGUCUGUGUUCUGUUCAAAAACUCUAAUUUUUGCUCCAGAAUGCUGGAAAUGCAUUGUAAGAGGCCCAGAUUUCAAACUUUUUCCCCAGGGGCCAAGCCCUGGACCCUCCUAGAAACUUGUGCCUUUGGUGUGAGUUUUUUCCAUCUCUGCCUACUCCAAAGCUUUUGCCACCACUUAAAACCUUAUUGAAAACCCUGAAACAGAACCAUUAUUCAGUGGCCACUUGUCCCCUCAGAGAGUUGCCAUUUUAUAGUGAUUUGAAGGUAAUGUUCAACAACUUUUCCUUCUAAACUUCCUUUUAGGUCCUGUAUUUAACAGAACCUGAUAAUUGGAGUGCAGCAGCUAUGUUCCAGGCAACAAGGACAUUCGUGUCAAAUCUCAAUGUUAAAAUGGCUCAAAGGUUUGUGAAUAACAAUAUUAAACAUGGAAAUAAGAAAAGUUCACAAGUUUUUUUUUUUAAUUAAGUGAGCUGAUUUGAAUAAAUAUUUUUUUUCUCUUCUCCUAGGUUUUUUAAUUUAGUUUUACUCCCAAGAGUGAGGGAUGAUAUUACAGAGUAUAAACGGUUAAACUAUCAUCUUUACAUGGUAAGACACUCAGAGUUGUAAUACCACAAAGAUCAGAUUUACUAGUUACAUCACUGCUGUAAUGCCAUGUGACAUUCAACUGAAAACUAUUAUAGGGAACAUUAAUUGAUUACUUUUACUAUUUCUAUUUCAAUCCCAUUCCCUUUAUCUUUGUCUUUCAGUCUCUGAAAAAAGCUCUCUUUAAACCUGCUGCCUUCUUCAAGGGAGUUUUGUUGCCGUUGUGUGAGGUAUGUGAAAUUCAAAAUAUCUCGGGCAGAUCCAGAAAAUUCAGAUCGCAGGGACCUAGGACACUAGCCAGCUUUAGAUACAGUUGGGAGGAAGGGUUGCUCAGCCCAGCCCUUAAUCCACCCUUGUAUCCAUUAUUCGUGAUAGCCCUCAGUUCUGGAACACGGAAUCGUUUUCAAGUCUUACUCAAAAUUCUUUAAAAUGUGGUUGUGGGUGGUGGGUUUUUGGGGUGAGUGGGGCACUGUGGUCCCAUCAACCCCUUCCCUAAAUCUGUCCAUGUAUUUGUCAUGAGUGAUAGCCUUCAGUCUAAGAACACAAAUCGUUUCCAAGUCUUUAUUUAAAUAACGCUAUACAUGAUAUCAGUAACAUGUUACUUACAUAUCUGGUUACCAAAUGCAAAAAAAAAAAAACAAAGAAAAGAAGGUAUUAAAUCAACGAUGAAAUUGAUCUUUAACAGACAGAAAACCCUAAUAUUCAGUUACAAUAGUUUCACACCAAGUGUCUCAAUUUACCUGUGUAUUUUUAUUUUUAUUAAAAAAUUACAGACACGUUGAUAUUCUUUACGUAAAGUAAAGCAAAGUUGUGAUGUACAGGGUGUCCCAAAAGUUUGUUCCUCUAAUUUCAUGCUCUAUAACUUUUGAUCAAAACUAUAUUUUUACAUGAAAUUGCUAGAAGAUGUUUAUUUCUCUAUCAAAAACAUGUAUUCAGAAUUUCAGUUACUGGCAUGCCCUUUUUGUUUUUUUAUCACAUUCUGUAGCCGUUGCGGUAUGAAUUGGGAUACAGCGUGUAGACCCACAAAUGAUCCAUUUUGAGCUUUUUUAUCACCUGGUGCGCAGGAUCCAGUUCAACCCCCAAACAAAAUUUGUUUAGUUUAGGCAGCUGAAAAAAAAUAUAUUUUGGGUUUUCAUCCAAAAAAGAUAAUAAGAUAAGAUAAGAUAAGAUAAUUUAUUUAAUGUCAGAUACACAGGGGGUGGUCUCCCAAUCCCCCGAGCCACGGGCUCAUGAUAAAAGUGUUUGACAACAUAAAAGAAAAGUCAAUUAAUUAAUAUCUCAAUAGCAACCAGUUAACUCAAAAAAAAAAUAACAUCCAUCUAUAAAAAUAAAUGGGGUCAAAGGCAAUUGCUGCAUUGACAGCCGAUAAAAUUUAACUUAGUUAAAAGUCUCCGAAAGGAUGAUGCAUUAGGUGCGUUUUUUACAGCAGAUGGCAACUGGUUCCAGAUGUGCGAGAUCAUGUGCGCAUAUGAACCAUGAAGGAAUCUACUAUUAUAUGAAGUUUGAACAACAUUUAGACCAUUGCUUCUAAGAUUAUAUGGUGUAACUCGCGGUUUGAAUAAAUUGGCUACAUAGUCAAUCAUCCCGGCCCCGUUCCACAGCAAGGCUUUUGUACUUCUUUACAAAUUUGAAACGAGCUGGGCGUUAAUUGGCAGACUAAGCAGAGGGUUUUUUGCCAUCUCAGGGGCCUCUAAUUUUAAACAUUUUAAACAGCUUUUCACGACCCUUUUAUUUGGCUUGCUAACCAUGUGAGACUGAGCUUCCUUGUCGAGUCUCUUAUUUUGUAUCUAGCCUUCUUUAAAACUAUUUUAGCUGCUUUAUUCAGGGCUUUUGGUCUUCCCCUUAGUUUCUUGCCUUCAAAACCUUCAUUUCUCCAUGAUCAUUCUACCACCCUACAAUCAAAUUUUUCCAGUUUUUUAACAAUUUCUACAACAGAUAAGCCAGUAAUUCGAAGUAUACAGGCUUAUGCUCUCACGCAGCUGAACGUUUUCGCGUUAAGGGGGUUUAUCUUUCGUGAUAUUCACAAAAAAAUAAGGAAGGAGUUCGAGCGAUUCGGGCUAUGAAAUACAAAAAAUGUGUGGCUGGAAAAUAUACUCGCGCACGCGCACCUUUGGCGCGGAAGUACACAAAUCGAAUAUUCGAGUCAAAAGAUGGCACAACAAGUAUGAAAAUAGUGAAUUAUAUUGAAAGACACAACUUUUUUUGAAAUGAUUUGCUUACCAAGUCCAAUCGUACUGAAAUACAGACUUAUAAAGUAGAGGAACGAACUUUUGGGACACCCUGUAGUGAUAAUUUUUUUGCAAGGAUUUGUAAUUUUAAGAAGCUGUUUCUCUCUUAACUGGAAACCUUUAACUCUGCAGUCUCUGACGUUUUUAGAAUUGUUUCAGUGAGUUUUCAAGACAGAGAGAAUUAUCUAGUGUUCAUUGGCUUUCUUGUUUUUAAACUUUAAUGAGCAGACUAGAACAUGUACCCUUCGUGAGGCUAUAAUCAUAGGAAGUCUAAUCUCCAAGACCAGUAUUCCAGUUCUUCACGCAAGUGCUGCCAUGCUCAAGAUUGCUGAGAUGGACUAUUCAGGUAUAAUGCACCUACAUGUAUGAACUCAUUUUUUGUAAUUUCUUCACCCUUUUCGUCCCCAAGGCUGCCAAAGUAGGCUGCCAAAGUAGGCUGCCAAAGUAGGCACCUUACGAAACAACGACGGCGACGGCAAUGGGAACGGCAGAAAAGCAAUAGGUUUAGUUAGCAAAACAACAACUUUGCACGUGCAUCACGCUUUUUUGUACAUUUCUUUUCCCUCCCUGCACGACUACAACGUGAAAUGACCAACUUUUAAGUUUUUAAGGACGGGAACGGCAAGGCGAUAAAUUUUAUCAUCUCUGUCUGUACUCGGGCAUGGCCCCCUCUCUUCAGCUUCAACAUAAAUUCCCCUCUUUUACGUAACUGGGCGACUUUGGAUAUUCGCGAAAUGGUUUGAAAGGAUGCGGAGUCUAUUUUUCAGGGACGUUUUCAUAGACGUCGCCGUUGUCGGAUCGUAAGGUCCCUAAUAGCAAAAUAAAAAACACCUACCUAUGAAAAUUCCAUCAUGUCAAAUAUUACAUAAUAGCACCUUGCUUAUGGAAGUAAUGUCAAAGAAUGGUCACACUCGAGGAUUUCGUCUAUAGACUCAAAGUUGGGACUGUUAAGGCAUGGCAAAAGUUAAUAAUAUCAGGUUAAGGUAUUAUUGAAGAGGUUUCAUUUGAAUGGUCACACCAUAGAAUUUCAUCCACAGACUUAAUUAAAAAUAUGUAAUUUUUUUCCGCCAUGGAAGCUGAUAUUUUGAGAGAUCGCCCCUAGUCAGAACCCUGAAGAAAGGACUGUGGUCCUAAACUUUUUUAUAAAAGAACUUUCAUAAUCUCUUUCUGCAGUUUUUAUUUUACCAACUUGCUUCCUGUUUCACUAAUCAACUAAAAUAGCAUCAACUAGUUGAAAACCUCACCAGGUUAUUAAGGGAUUUGAUUUUUGUUUAAUUCAGGUGCAAACAGUAUUUUCCUGCGGCACUUUUUCGACAAAAAAUAUGCAUUACCCUACAGAGUGAUCGAUGCUGUAGUAUAUCACUUUUUACGGUGAGUUGACCUUAAGUUUUUUCUUUUUAUUUAUGACUGUGUAAAAUGUUUUAAGUUCUAUAGGCUGUUCAUGAGUCCCCAAAGUUUCCGUAACGAGAACGAGCGCUACGCCGGCCAUCUGACCGAUUCUAGCCUGAAGAUGACGGUGAGUGGUCGAUCUCGACGAUCUUACGGAAAAAUAGGAGACUGUGAACAGUCUAAAAGUGCUACCUUUUUUCCAUCUCUUAGUCACCAUAGUAGCAAUCUAUGUUUUUUUUUGCCGUCGGCCUUUUUGAUUGUGUUUUGUGCUUUACUAAUCUCACUGAAGAAAAAAAAUCUUCCUGCCGUCGUCCUUAAUCUCUUGUAUUGUGGUUUUAGAUUUUUAUCUGAUCAGCGUUCCCUUCCAGUGCUGUGGCAUCAAAGUUUGCUUACUUUUGUACAAAGGUGAGUGAUGUUACUUAACGGGCGGGGCAAAACUUGGCAAGACAAUUCGCCACUUUAGAAAUAGCCUGCGUGGCAGGCGCACAAAGGUGAGGGGGAGGCAGAAAAGCGCGAAAACGGGAAAAGGGGAAUCAAUCCCCCUUCCUUUUUCCCUUCCUCCCUAUCCCCUAGCCCUUUCAAUUUCUGUUACGCAGGAUGCUUUGGAAACGAAAUUGUCCAGUUUCGAAUUAAAAAUUACCGCUGAAUACAAACAUUAACGGCAAAUUUAUACAGGGUUAGCCUCGACAUAAAGUAAAAUACUCAGAAAUUCCGGCAAGUAAGUGUUUGAAAUUUUAAUAUACACAAUAGACAGAGUAAUAAACAGGUCUUUUUCUCGUUGGAAUUUGUGAAUAUAUUACUUCAGAUGGAGGCUCUGCCGGUAAAAAAUGCGUCUUCACUUCUUUCAGUUCAGCGGUCAUAGCGAACUCGAAACUGGACUCUGAAACCUGGGCCGAUUUAACUUUCGCAUAGACUUCUGGGACUGUUACUAGGGACAGGGAAAAAAUUGGCCAAUAGCUGAACGGCACGUCACUAGUAACGAUUCCAGAAACUAUUGCUGUGUUCCAGUCUUCUUCUUGUCUCCAAAGUAGCGAAUGCGUACUAUCAGAAGCAUAUAGAGUGUUUUCACUCAGGUGGCCAGCAUCUAUGCAAAUUUAUUAGAACAAAAGAAAGCGUUUGCAUAAGAAAAGAGUUCAACUCCCAGAGGAUUGGUUUAGGACACCAACAUGGCCGCCGUGUCAUUGUUUUGGGACACCAUUAUGGCCGCCGUGAGGUUAUGUGAAAACACUAUAUAACCUAUUGGCUCGCCUCACAUUGCUUCGAAUUAAAAAAAAAACACAACAUACUUUAUUAGUAUUCCCCAGGGGACUUUUCAAUACUAAACAGCAAAGAACAUUAUAAUAGAAAACAAUAAAAUUAUAAAAAGCGGUCAAUAAUUAAAAUAAUUCUCUAGCAUGUGCGUUUUCAACUUUUUUUUUAAAUGAUGGUAAAGAUAACUGUUUAAAGUCUUUGUCCAAAUUGUUCCAAAUGUUGACUGCUCUAUGGAGGAAACGUCGCUGUCCUGACUUUGUCUUACUUGGAGGAAUAUCAAGGGAUUCUCUGUUUCUAGUGUUAUGAUAUUGAAUAGACUCGCGUCUUUCGGAAAGACUCACACAAGUAUGUGGGGGCUAGGCCCUCCAUGCACCUAAACGUCAUUACAGUGUCUCUGUAGUGGAGAUGCUCAUUUACCGGUAGCCAUUUGAUCUCACGUAACGCAGGUGUUAUUUGCUCAAAUUUCUUGGUUUUUGUGAUGAUUCUGCACGCGAAAUUCUGAACAGCUUGAAGCUUCUUGAUGUUUGUGGCAGUUGUGUUGGACCCGCUCAUUUCGGCGUAAGACCAAAAAAUUUCCACAUUCAAGACCACUACGGUUCUUCGGCAGUCUUAGUGCGUGGUAAGUAAUGUCUAGAAAUUACCUUGUAACCUCGAGAAGUAAAGGCAUUCAACCCGGUUGGAUGUAUGCCAAACAUUUUGAAUUAUUUUCAUAGAAGGUAACCUCCACUUUUAUAUGUUUAAGGACCUGUCUGAAAAGGCUUUUUGUGAUAAAUAUCUCAAGUUUGUACAAUUACUUUUGAACAGGUAUAAGGAGGAUAUUUCCACUGAACAAAAGGAUGCUCUGAUGGAAUUAUGUAGAGUUCACGUCCAUGCACAGGUAAGUUAUUACCGAGGUUUUAAUAUUGCUUUAGAUGGACCCGGUUGUCAGUUCCCUUGGUCCCAAGAGUACCAAUCUUUUAAUACAGUCUCGACCUCUAUAAUACAGGUCACACCUCUCUACUACGGACAGUUCCCUUGGUCCCAGACGUACCAAUCUUUUAAUACAGUCUCGACCUCUAAGCUACAGGCACCUGUCUACCACGGACAGUUCCUCUGUCCUGAAGAUACCUAUCUUCAAACAGUCUCGACCUCUAUUAUACAGAUAUCUCUCUACUACGGACAGUUCUCUUGGUCCUAGAGGUACCAAACUUCAUGCGAUUAGCUCUACCUCUAUAAUACAGACACCUCUCUAUUACGGACAGUUCUCUUAGUCCUAAAGAUAUCCAUCUUCAUACAAUCUCGACCUCCAUAAUACACACACCUCUCUACUACGGACAGUUCUCUUGGUCCCAGAGAUACCAAACUUCAUGCGAUUAGCUCUACCUCUAUAAUAGAGACACCUCUCUCUCUAUUACGGACAGUUCUCUUAAUCCUUAAGAUACCCAUCUUCAUACAAUCUCGACCUCCAUAAUACAGAUACGUCUCUGCGACGAACAGUUUCCUUGGUCCCAAAAGUACCGAUCUUUUAAUGCAGUAUCUCAGACCUCUGUGAUACAGAACCUCUCUACCACGGACAGUUCUCUUUGUCCCAAUGAUACGAAUCUUUGUACAAUCUCUACCAACUCCCUAAUACGGACAACUCUGUAAAGCAGGUACUUGGCUCUAUUCCUUUAGGUUAGAGCCAAGUCAUCAAGGAUGAAGAUUUGUAACUUACUGGAAGUGCGAAAGUGUUAUUCACCGGUAACUUCUUAUCUCAAAAAAGUAAUUUAUUAACGUCUGGGUUUUUGUCGUAGAUAACAGCUGAAGUUCGUCGCGAGUUGACUCAUUCCAAGUCGAGGGAAGAAGAAGGAGAAGCAAUGGAUUUGUAGACAGCUCUUAUUUUAGCCAUGGAUGAUUACGAGAGUUUUGAGGGAUGACUAUGAAAGAUUGUUCUUCAUCGACAUGUCAUCAUUAACGCAAUUUGUGGUCUACAAGCAAAAAAUGAACUAUAGAAAUAAUUUCUACUGUCUUGAACUUUUUUACGGAAAAAUCAGACGUAGCAAGGAAACCAUCUGUAAUGGUUUGAUUUUAAGAUAUUUAAGUGGUUCACAAGGUGCCAUCUACGUCCGCUAAACAGUCUGAAUAGACCGUCUCUUUUACUAAGGAAAAGGUUUCGGAGAAGAGUGUACGCUCGUUUUUCUCCCGAGAUUUUUUCCAUUACGAUCGUUAUCCUUUGUUCUUAAGCUACGUGUAAACGGACGCAACAGCUCCCAACAUUGUUGGCCCAACAAUAUGGGGAGUUCUUGCGUCCGUUUCCACGGGGCUAAAAGUUUGACCGGUUUCAAACUUUGCGCAACAACUUCCAACAACACGCAAGAACAUGCAAUAGGGUGUGCAAACGGACGCAACAUGUAACGUCGAACCUAAUCGAACAAUGUUGGGAGUUGCUGGCCGACAAUGUUGCUUCCGUUUGCAUGGGGCUUUAAUUAAACCAUAAUCAAAUGUAGCCUGCGUAGCACGCGCUGUUGGCGCCGGUUAUUUAGUUUUUUACAAACCGCGCAUUUCCUCCAGAUUUCUUUCUUGGCCCU